CUCUGAAGAUGUCAUCCCCCGCUGCGAAGAUGCGGAAUCCGUUUGCGGAUACUCCGGAAAAAAAGUGGGAAGGACAGGAAGAAGUGGCAGGUCUUGGAGCUCCAUUCACCGAAAAGGAGCGGACGUCACCAGAUGCCAAGAACUCCAAUUUCGAUGGGGCGAUAAGUACGCCACCUCCGAGCAAGACGACGGUGCACUGACCUCAUUUGAUAUUUAUGUUGACACACAUGUAGCCCGCUCUCUGCGGAAGGAAAGAGAAAACCAGCUAACAAACUAUGCAGUGCAAACAUACAAGUAGCUAUGUAGUACGUAGCCGCAAGGUAUCUACUUCUGCUGACUGUACUUACUUAAAUAAAUUGGAACGAAAAAAAUAAAAUUAAUAUAAAAUUAAUGAAAGCACAACCCUACCAAUCGCAAACUAACAGGAUCAUGAUCUUGACGGGCCACGGCGCAGCUCGAGGAAGCGCAAUUCCGAGUGCUUGUCCCUGUUCGGCACCCCACAGUCGGGAUCGGGAGACGCCGCAAGCAAAACGACAGGUCCCCCGAUGUCUCCGCGUCGCAUAAAGUUCCCAAAAACGGGACUUUUUCCGAAACGAUUGGGAAUGCCUCGCUCUCGGGUACAAACUAGCUUUAUAAAUUCUGAUGGGCUUAGCUUGGUGGACUGGUAGUGAAUUUAAGAAUGAAAGAUGAAGAUCCUGACUACUCAGAGCACGCUUUCUUAUCUAACUAUCAAUGAGUCAUGAAUGUCGAAAUUAAUCUGAUUCAAAGGUUGAGAUGCAGCAACAAGCGGCCGCAGGUGAUGAAAAGGCUUCUACUACUGUUAACGUCGAGCGAAUGCAAGCGCCUUCGGCUAGCCAAGGGCUUAUGACUGAGCAAGAGAAGGCCCAAGUGGGCCUCGAGUUGGACUUGCAGCCGCGUCCACUGGUCCCUUCUUCUACCCCAGUUUUGGCCGCUUCAGCUAAGGAGAAUGGGGUCAAGCCUAAGGCCAAGCCGCGGCCAAAGCAGGUUCGAUACCUGUCGAGCGGAGGAGUGUACAAAUUCACACAGGUUCACACUGUUAUGGAAGCAGAUGCUUUCUAUUUAUGUUGGUCUCGUGUUAGUCUGUCAGUGCAUGAAUCAGUGCUAGCUAUACAUAGUAACUAACUUAGUUAGUUACUUAGAAUCAAUUCCUAGGAAGGUAGACCUCUUUCUUUUAUUUGUGAUAGAUAAAUAAAUAUGAAUGAUGGCUCUCACAUGACUCACUUCUUAGAAGGAAGUUGAUAACUCACCAUGGCUCUCAGACUCAGUCAUGGGCUCUAAUUUUCAUCACUAUGAUGGAUCUUUAUGUUUCUUUAGGAUCUAGGGCUUAGGGAAUCGCGUCUGACUGUAUAUUUAUUUGCUUCAUGUAAAAAGUGAACUCAAUCCAUCUACGCCUCUCAUUUUGGCGGAGCAUUGGGGAGCGGAGGACUUACCUAUCUUGCCUCUAGCGGAUAUUCGUGGGAGGUCGCGAGCGUAUUUGUAUUUCAUGAACCACGACGCUACUACCUUCAACACGCGUUGCAUGCGUUUGUUCCGCGAUGGAAUUGAGUCCUACAUGGUUUCGUUGUUGCGAAAGGCCACUAUGCUUCGAAGCCAGAUGGAUAGAGGUGCUGUGUUCCCUACGUGCAUAGAGGAGUUUGGAGGCAAGGACUUGGCCAGGUACAGACUGAAGAGCAUCAUGAGAUCGAUGUCAGAGGAGGAGGCGGACGAUGCGUGCGGCAUUUUCAGAGCUCUGGUCAAGAACGAGUGGAAUCUGACUGAUGAAGAAACCGACGAGAAUAUAGAACUUCUUCUUCAAAAGUUUGAGACUAUCCUCGGCGAAGAUCUUGGGUGGAAUUAUUUGCAGCAGCAGUUUUUCAAAUUAGAAUACCAGUGGAACUCCAAGAGAUACUACCAGAGUCAAGUAAUGGGAUUGAUGGAUCUGAACGAGUACGCCGUGCACAACGAUGAGGGCCACUUCGUCAUCGACCCGAAAAUGACAGCGGAGGACAUGGAAAGCAUCACCAGACUGACUAACUUGUAUGAAGAAAACAACCCCAUUUCUCAGAUCACUGAUCAUGGUAGUAGUUCAUCUUCGUCCUCUACUGGGCCAAACUUUCGAAUUAAAAGCCGAGCGUCAUUGGAGACUCACGGAAAACUCCAGCAGACGUACAACAAGAUCGUCUCGAAGACAAAGAACAACAGCAAGACCAGCUCUUCUUCAUCAGCCAGCGCUUCCUCGAGCUCCACCACCGCACUUCUAACGCCGUCUGACACGCAGAACCAGCAUAGGAUGCGAGCCCGCGAGCUGAUUUUAAGCAAUCCGAUGCGACUUCAGGACAUGGAAAUUCCGGCUUUAUCAAGCCCUCGAGACAAAUAUUAAGAAGAUGAAGGGGCGCGUGUCUUUUGGUUAGUAAAUGAGUGUAUCUAUCUAUGAAAUUAAUGUAAGAAACAGAGCAGUGCAACUCACUGUCACUGUGAGAGUGGCGCUAUCUUCUUUGGAUUUAUCGCGAUUCAUGGCUGGGGAUGGAUUUGAAUCAGAGUCAGACCGGAAACAAGUGUGAAAGCGUGGCCCGACAAUGCUUAUCUAAGUAACGAUGUUCGUGCUGUGGUUUUUUUGUAGUGGAUCAGCAUAGGCGUAUCUUGUGUCUACCUGUUCAUCUUGAUAAAUUCCAGAGCGCAGUGAACUGAGCCCAGUAUCUAUUAUUAUAAUAAAUUAUGCCCUUUUCUAUAGUCUCAUCUAGUAUAAUCACGUAGACCUUAGACAAAAAAAGAGCUGACUUCUAAACAAUCGCGAUCCGACUCAGUCCGAUCAACCCUGGCGUGCAUACGGGUGAUAGCGAGAAUCCCGAAGCUUGGAUGGAGAAGCAAUUGGCCAUUUGGGUGGAGGGUGGCUGGAGCUUCACAGACCGCGACUUGGCACUCAUGGCACAGGGUGACGCCAAGAAGAUCCUCUGUAAAAAUCCACAUCUUUUACCGGAGCGCUACGAUCAGAUUUUGGAAAUGUUUGACGACAUGUUUGUUGACGCAGAUUGUAGCACCAGCAGUGACGACGCAUUUGAUUUCGAGGAGGAUCAGAUUUGGUUGAACCAGUCGGAAGUUACGGCAGGUGAUCCAUGAGAAACAAAGGGAGAGAUACAAUCAUAGGCUAGAUCUAUAAAUAUAGGAUAUGGUCUAGUUAGUUACAGACAAAGCCUAGCAAGAGUAAAGGUCAAGCUCGAUAGAGUUCUACUCGUGUUUUUAUAGGUCUCUCCUACUGUUGCGAUCGUGAUUGUCUUGGUGGCCCCCAUUUUCUUCUCCACUAACUAUCGACUGAAUCUCACUCCCUCCUUAUAUAUUGCUUCAUGAGCGACGAAGAAGAUGACGCUGGUAUGGAAACGCCAUUCGAUGAAAUGUCGCCACUUCGGAACGCUUUCGCUGAAGAAGAAGAUGAGAGCGGCAAUUUGAGUCCGAAGGGAUUCGAGUUCCUUGACAAGAAAUUGUUCAGCGAACCUUUCACAGCCGCACGGCUCAAAUCUCUCGAGGCUGCAAGAGAAGCGGCUCUGAAAACAGAGGACGCAAUGAGGAUGCAGGCCGUGCUAGAUGCGCUUGAUCGAUCCGAAGAAAUUCAUAAGCAACUAGUCAGAGAAGAGCAACAGGAACGAGCAAAAGCGGGACUGAAGAGCGGCACAAAAGCAGACGAAAAUCCGCAAGCUUUAUGGGAAAUUUUUGUGCGACGUACAUUGAUUCGUCGCUUAUAAAUGCGUAGAUGAAUUAAAGCUGCUCUUUAUAUUUAUACUCGCUCAUAUUUAUAGAUACUCGCUCAAUUUUGCUCGUACCUACUUGAAAAGACCCUGCGCAGGGAUGCUUUUGGUUUUGGAUGCGUCGUGUGUGAAGAUGAAGGCGUGGGUGCUGCUAUAACGUGGACAAGCAUGAGACUGAAGAUAGGGCUUUUCGUUUUUCUAUCUUUAGUGACCUACGUAUAAUCUUCGUCUAACUCUGAAUGCUGGCGAUGGUAUCGGGGGAGGUGCUCUCUCGCCUGGGCUGCAGAAAAUGGUGGAUGAUGACUUUGAUAUGGAAGGAGAAGAGAGGCUAGUGGACCCCGAGCAAGAGAGGGUGCUCUCGGAUCUGCUGAACGCUGCUGCGGUUCCGGGCGCUGUCAAGUCUGAGGUCGAUAGUCGUGGCGUCGAAGGUGAUACUGAAGAUGCACAACAACAACAACUCAGGGGCCAAGGCAAGAAAAAAAUGGGAAAAGCAAAAGGAAGACCAAAAAAAGCGGCGAGUGCGAAGCCAAAAGCCAGUGGUGAAUCGAAGAAAGGCCAAAAGAAGAACAAGGCCGGGUCGCCUAGAUCUCCAUCAACCCUCACCGAUUUUUUUGGGGCGCAGUCGGUAAUGGAUAUGGACGUUGAGGGCUUGCAGGCAGAUGUCCUUGUGGGACAGGCCGCUACACCAAAGGCGUCAGACCGACUGUCAAGCCUCCGUGGAGGUUCGCAUCCGGACAGUACUAAUGCUAAAGGAUGGAAGCAACCUAAAAUCUGGGAUAAGAAUGAUCACGGUCCAUACUUGGAUACCCCAAUCAUCUAAUUUCAAGCACUAUUUAGUAGGCUCUAGCAUCUAUUUACGCAAGUUUCAGAGUCAUUUAUGGAAGUAGUAGGUCCUCGCUUCUCGAGGUGAUGUAUUUAUUCAAUGAAUUGCUGAAGUUAGUAUGUAAUAUUUAUCAGUGAUAUGAGUUCAGCGCUGUUUCAGUAGCGCUAGCGACGCAGGAAGUCACUUCCUCGUGCAUUCUUUAGGUGUGCCUAGAAAGUAAAAAUAUACAUUCAUCGGGUGGGCCUUGCCGUCUCUCUUUGAGUGUUCUUAUGCUAGCUUCGGGAUCUAGUUCACGCUUACCCAUAAGAUUCGCAAUUUUUCAAGAAAAGGAAAGUAGCCAAGACUGUUGCUCCUAACUGAAUUGGAGCCAUUAUUUAGCAUACUAAGUAUUACUUUUAUAUUUGUUAGUUAGAUUGAAAAAAAAUCUUGUCUGGGACGCGCUCAUCUAGCGAGAUUCUGUUGGAAGUUGAGCUUGAGCCGACAGCCACAGGGCUGAUCUCGAUUACAGCACUCUGCCCUUUCAUACAUUCGUUGUCCAUUCUAUUGAAGUAAGGAUCAUACACACAGACACACAUAGCCUGGCCUAUUAUGGAUCAAUCAAUAGCUCAACUGUGCAAAUAAAUAAACUCAGGAAAAAAGAUGGCACUACUUCAGGCUGGUGCUACUAAUGAUUAGGGGCAUGUAGAAUCGAUGAAGUUCCAUUACUAAGAAAGGCCCGCUACCUAGUUUAUCAACCAUCGCAAAGAUGCGGAGGCUUUGGCGUAGACCUAGACGCUCAGACUUUUCCAUACAACCAAGCAAAGCGUGACCAUAACUUACUUAGGCGUAGGCCUAAGCUUCACCUGAUGCGUGACUCUUACCAACAGCACGGACAAGGAAGUCGUCCCCAGUAGACUCUACUUAUAUUUUUGCAUUAAAUUCGGAGCUUCCGUUCCAACAUAAAUAUGACUUUGCAUUAAAAAAAUAUCUUAUGUAUGAUCGAAUGACGAAUGGAAGCUCACUCUCUCUUUCUAGCGAUGAGUCGCGACUACCUAGCCUGAAGUAAGAAAGUAUGUCUGCGCUUUUCCCUCGUGCAGGUUUUACUAAGGUAUAGCGCUCAUACUGAAAAAAGGAAGGGCUCGGGCAUUCUCGAUCGUCAGCAGCCUCCUGCUGCUUCAUUUUCCCUGGGCGUAAGCCUGCGUUACUGGUGCAUCAGUGUCAUAGUUGAUUUCUAAUGACGCUCCCCGAUUUCGCAAUAGUUUUGAUCUUAUCUAUGCUUAUAUAUGAGUUAACUAGAGUGCAUUACAUACAUAGAUAGAUACAUAGAUACUGCUCGUUAUAUCUAUUAUAAGUAAGUAUGAGACUACCGCUGGGCUAAGGAUUAUUAAGAGAAGGCAUUGCUUGAUUUGAAUCAGAUUCAUAAAUAAUAUGACAGCGCUUGUUUAUGAGUUUUUUUUUGCUAGGUUGCUUACAGCAAGGAAGUGCAACUUCAAGGAAGAGAGCAAGUCCAAGACCACUCCGCAGCGGCGCUCACACAUAUACUAAUGCGUCGCUUCUUUCAGUAUACUUAAGGUUAGGAAAGAAACAGGCUAGCAAUCCGACUUAGAUAGAUUCUCGAAUAUGUUGUGUUUGAGGUUAAGCUAUAAAGUAGAUGCCUCUCACUCUGCGUCUGCUCUCGUCUAGGGUAAUACUUUUCAACUUCGUGUGCGUCCAUAAAGGGGAGGCAUAGAAAGAUAGUAUUCGACUCUGGCGAUAUUUAGCCUCGGCUGUGUUAGGGAAAAGACAAUGCAUGGCUGGAUUCAUAUUCAUUUCCAUAAUUCAACACUACGACUACCUACUACGAGUACGACUAGAGGGUCGCGCAUUUUUUUAGAAUCAAUCAGAUUCGCAGGCUUUUUUGUAUGUAUCAUGAUAGAUGACUCUAAAAAAUUGAAUUAGCUGUGUUGUAUCUAUUCUCGAAGGAAUUUCUGAUGAACUCAUGGGAACGAGCUGGCUAGGGAUACCAGUACCACAUCGCGACGUGUUUCGUUGUAUCUUCAGUGACACUACCUAGACUACGGAAAUGCCAUAGAGUCAGCGACUCUAACUUGAAGGGCGGCGUCGUAUCUAAUCGUCACUGACUCAAACAAGGGCACUUUUUGGGGGAGGAUGAAUAUGGACUCAUACAUUGGGUCUGGAACUGGAUAUUCAAUAUUGAUUCGCCUUUGAGAUCUAUCAAGCGAAUACGUUCACAAACACAACCUUCAUCAUGCCGCUUAUGUCUUGCUAUCUGACUGCC